AUAUAACAGGGAAGCUUUUCGCGAAUCGGUGCUCUCAGGCAAGUAACCAGAGCGGGGUAGGAAGUUGACACGAAGGGUGCAGGAGUUUUCGAGCCACCAGAAAUCAUGGAUUUUCGUGUAGUUUUACUCAUGGCAAUAUGCAUUCAAGCACUUUUGGCCGCGCCACUAAGUUCAUCCGACGAUGAAGGAUACAAAGAGGAACCAAAAGGGCCUUUAACGGAGGAUCAAAAGGAGCGAAUGGCAAAAAAUCUGGAGAAUCUGAAAAACUCAGGAGAAGAAUUGAAGAAGCAGAUGCAGAAACUCACCGAUAAAUAUCCAGGUUUGGAUAAAAUGACUGACGCCCUGGUUGACGCGGUAUACAAGGAGGUGGCAGGAUUCACGGACUUCAACAUCAAGCGCCGGGCCGACCCGAAUAACAAAUCUCCGUUCACGCGGUAUCGAAAAUCUUUUGACAGCCUGAAGGAUCUUCAUUAUGGAUUUUUGGACACCUUGCGCGAUACUUUUGGUCAGAAGGCACCUCAAGCUAAGACCCCAUCAGCCUCCCCUCAUCCCGCGAGACGCAGCAGUUGUCAAAGUCGAACUCGCAGGACUCCUCCAAGAUUCCGCACAACAUACCCAUCUGGACCCCGUGAAUAGUUGGACCUCAAGAGAAAAAGCCGGAAAAUUGGACCCUUUGUUUACAGUUACGAGUAGUUCACUUACAGUUUUCAAUUAAUGCUGACUGUAAUCUUCAGAAAUAAAUUACAUCAAGAGUAUCAUGCAAUAA